CUACAGUUGAUCCGUAUCCUUGCGGUAUUCGUUGUAUCUAGGUUUUUAUCACUUGAGCAUUAUUUCUAUAUCUAGAUCUGCGUUAUCAAGUCUUUGGCGCCGUUGCCGGGGAGUAGUUAAGCGUUUGGAUAAAGAUUCCUUUGAAUCUAGAUUUUUUUUCUUUUCUUUUCUUUUUCUUUUCCCUCGAUUUCUUGAUCUAUUCUUUGUGUUUGUUCUACUUUCUGGUGUGCAGGUUUCCGGUGUAUGACCAGGAGUUCUGGGCCUGACAACCUAGUACCUCUUCACUCUGAAAUCGAGAAGUCCUCUAAGCGCAAUUGAAAGAAGAAACGACAGCAAAGAAAGAUGGAGGAACGUGCUAUAGUUGCUGAGAACAACAAUGACACUUAUGGGGCAUACCUUCAGCCUAAGUACAUUCAGCAGCUUUCAUGCAUUCGCCGGCCUAACAUCGACCGUAACAAUUUUGAGUUUCAACCGGCAUUCAUCCAUAUGUUGAGCUCAUCGGCUUUCAGGGGCAAACCUAAUGAAGACCCAAUCCCUCACUUGACUCGAUUCAAGCUACUAUGCCAGUCGGUGAGGACAGUCCGCGGAGUUACCGAUGAGUCUCUCAUGCUCAUGGCCUUUCCAUUCUCCUUAAUGGAUACUACUCUAGAAUGGCUCUACACACUAUCUCCAGAUUCCAUAUUCUCAUGGGAACAGAUGCAAGAGAAGUUCAUGCCGCGGUUCUUCCCCGCUAGCAAGACUCAGCUCGCGAAACAACAGAUUAACUCAUUUUUGCAGGAACCUGAUGAAUCCUUACGGAAAGCUUGGGAUCGCUUUCAAGGAUACCAGAGAACAUGUCCUCACCAUGGAUGGGAUAAAAGGUACCUUAUUUCCACUUUAUUGCAGGGAUUAAAGGAGGACACUCGGGUUCUUAUUCGAGUAGCAUGUGGAGGAAGCCUCAACGAAAAGUCAUUCGACUUCAUAGAGCAACAGAUCAACAAGAUGGUCAACGAGUGUGCUCUCUCUCACGAGUUUAUCAGAAACGUUAGCCUCAAAGACAGUCGUGCAGCUUAUGCAGGGUCAAGAAGCUAUUCGCACCAAGAUGCGUGAACAUCAACAAGAGACCGACGCCCACUUGAAGCUUGUCGAUAACCAGAUUGUUGGGUUUUCCUGGGAUCUCUAGAGCGAAUCUAAUUCCUAAGAGAUCAGUUCUAGAGUUUGCGCA